AAGUCGUUGUAUUUACCGACAGUCGCAGUUCAGUUCUUCCUUGAGACACUCAGAACCCCAAACCGCAGUAUCAUUCCAUUUCUCUUCGUUCAUUUCCUAAACCAAAUUCCGCGCAUAAGGAUGGGAAAUCCCAAAAGACCAUCGGUGAAUGCUAAUUCUACGAGUGAAGAGCUGCACGCAGCAGCUCGAUCGGGGGACCUGAAGGCCGUGCAGACAAUUUGCAGUACGAAUCCUCUAGCCGUAAACUCCCGUGACAAGCACUCCCGUACACCAUUACAUCUAGCCGCAUGGUCUGGGCAUGCAGAGGUGGUAAAUUUUCUGUGCAAGAAUAAGGCAGACAUAGGUGCUGCUGCCAUGGAUGACAUGGGUGCAAUUCACUUUGCUGCUCAAAAGGGCCAUCUGGAAGUAAUCAAGAUUCUUCAUACAGCUGGAAUUUCCGUCAAAUCCUUUAACAGAAAGGGCAUGACUGCUCUUCACUUUGCUGCUCAAGGGUCUCACCUCGAAAUUGUCAAGUAUUUAGUGAAGAAAGGUGCAAAUACGGAAUCCAAGAAUAAGGCUGGGAAAACCCCUUUUGAUCUUGCAAGCAGUGAAGAAGUGUGCUCAUUUUUAGCUGAAUGUAGAACUGUAUCUGGUAAACCAGUUAUCGAUGGUCUAGAAAAAGAUGAAAAGGCUGAACCGAAGUCACCGCAAAAGGAAAAAAUAGAAGGAUCUGAUGGUGAGGCUGCUUCGCGUGGAGAUGAAGAAGCUGAAGAGGGUGAAGAUGAAUUAGUGAAAAGAAAAGGUGAUAUAGAGGAUAUCAAGGAUAACCAACCUGAGACCAAGAAGUCGAAGGUUGCUCUUAAUCAUCUUUUAGCUGCAGAUGAUGUGCAGGAAGAAGAUGAUUUCUAAACAUUUUAAUGAUGGAAACAUUUGCUGUGUAUUUCCUUCACUUAUGAUGCAAUAUAUACUAACUGAUGUUUAGUGUUAGAAAACUUAUCUUCUAUUUUUAGAACUUUUGAUGAUGUACUCAGUUCACUUGAAAGUUGGAUGGCUUUGAAACUAACUGCAGAGCUUUACUAGUAUAUCUGACGUUUAUAACUGCUACAAAAUAUUCAAUGUUCUACAGUUAUAUU